GGGGAAGGGGGAGGAGGGCACACCGAGGAGGGAGAGGCAGGGAGCAGAUGAACCCAGUUUACAGAAAGCGAGCGCACGGGUAACAGGAGCGCGCCGAAGUCUAUUUGCAGUCUAUUUUUGAACCUUUGGAGCUAAAUUGAAGAUCGCACUCCUCUCGUUUUGACCGUUAACGCGUGACAGAGCGAGAAGGAGGAGAACCGCGAGGACAUCCGCGCGCUGCACUGUGCCCAGGACAUCGGCGACUCCCACAAGAGAGUGGCAAGCGAUGGGAUGGGACACGAGGAAUCAUGGUUAUUUUAGCGAGUAACGGAAGACUGUGUGUCCCGUGUCCUGGAGUGUGUGUGAGAGAUGUCUGAAGAGAUGCUUGAUGUUCAGUGCCAUGUCAAGAACUAGGAGUCUCCGGGGCGCGCACUGAAGACAUGGCUCAGGCGAAAGUCCAGAAAGAUGGAGGACUGUCAUCCAGUCAGAACACUCAACCCCUUUCAGGGCAGGGCGUGGCCUGGAAGGGUCCCCGUACAGUGGUGCUGCAGAAAAACUCUCAGGGCUUCGGUUUCACGCUACGGCAUUUCAUCGUCUAUCCACCAGAGUCUGCCCUCCACACAAAUCAGAAGGAUGAGGAAAAUGGCAAUGGCAAAGGAGGUCAGAGAUCUCGUCUGGAGCCGAUGGACACCAUUUUUGUAAAGAAUGUGAAAGAGAAUGGUCCAGCCCAUUUGGCAGGACUAUGCACGGGAGACAGGCUGGUGAAAGUGAAUGGAGAGAGUGUAUUGGGGAAAACAUAUUCUCAGGUCAUAGCACUGAUUCAGAACAGUGAAAAUGCGCUUGAGUUGUCCAUCAUGCCUAAAGAUGAGGAUGUGCUACAGUUGGUAAGUGUGUAUUCUCAAGAUGCCUACUUGCGAGGAAAUGAGCCAUACACUGGAGAAGCCCAAAACCUUCCCGAACCUCCUCAAGUCUGCUACUCAAACAGCAAACCCACCACCACUGCCCUGAACCACGGUCUUCCUGACAACCUGAACUGUAAACUUAACCCCCCUCUGGACAAAAGCUCGGUAGGGGACAUCUCUGGGAUCACCGGACAUUGCUUAGAGGGCAUAGGGACUCAGCGCGUAUCCCCCAGCCAUCAUCGACUGACACACCACCGUGCCCGCUCCUCGUCUUCUGCAGGGAUUACAAUGAACCCACUAGACUUCCAUUUUGCCAACCACAAUGCAGCUAUCGCCUCCGCCACACUUCCACACCCCAGAAAAGGGAGUCUUCCCCAAGCCCGCAGCGAACUUUGCCACCAGGCUUUGUCUGAUUGGUACUACAGUCAAGCGGAUCGGCCGGGCCUCGGUAUGUCCCAUCAACACCGGAGCAUUUCUCAAGACCGGUUAUCUGAACUCGGACUGGGAGGUUCUUACGGAGGGUGGCGGCACAGCGCUUCUCACGACACCCUUUUGCUUCAUUACACCGCAGGGAUGGGGGUCAACCACUUCCAUCGUACGGACGGUUACGGGCUGGGUAGAUCGGGCACGUCUGGGGGUCACACCUCUGGGCGGUCCUGCUCAGAAAACUUACUGGCUGCUUAUGCGUCCUAUGAGCAGAGUUACGGUCGUUCGCUAGAGACUCUAGAAAAGGCUUCUGCUCUAAUCUCGCCCCGUUACGAAAGGACAACCUGGCCGCAUCAGAGCACUCAGCCAAUGAGGGCUGAGGUGUGUCCCGGCCCAGCCAAUCAUCAGGCGGGCAUUACCACUCCCUCGGGGUGGGGCUCAGGUCAGGCUCAGCAGCAGCAGGUAGGAUCUCAGUCACACAUCAGACGUUUACCUGCACAGACUGUAGACGAUCAAACAGUGGGAUAUCGUAGCUACAGCCCCUCCUUCUGCCGAAAGGCCAGCCAUCUUAUGCAAAAGUCUCAUUCCUUCAGGGACCCAUCAUACACCGGACCUCACCUCAGCUGGACAACCAGCCCACCAGAGAGCGCGCCCUCCUCGGGGCGUGAGUCUUCUUCUUUGUCAGUGUCCUCCACAGUGGAACCCCAGGACUCAACGAGACCAGCCACAGGGUUUGGUGGGUUUAUAGACGAAACGCUUCAGUCUCAGAUUCAGGAGGUGGUCCUCCGACAAAAGCCCCCCACGGGCAGAAAGACCCCUCAUGGUGUGAGACAUCACCACUAUGCUUUACCUGUGGAUUCACCUCAACCCUUUACAGCAACAACUCCCACCUCACGGACAGAAGACCCCGUUCACCAAACCAACGGUGGCAUACCACCCCUGCCCGUGGAGCAGGAGUCCCUGGCUGCCAUACCUUUCAUAGAUGAGCCCACCAGUCCCAGUGUUGACCUGUGUGCCCGCCAUGUACCAGCAUCCUCUGUGGUGUCCAGCAGCCUGUGCCAGGCAUCUGCCCACACCACCAGCCCCGUCUCUCCCAUCCUCACCUCACCCCUUACCAGCCUCCUCUACACAGACUGCAGCAAUAUCAAAAACAAUCGUCGCUCUUCUUACUUGCUGGCCAUCACCACAGAGCGCUCCAAGUCAUGUGAUGAGGGUCUGAACACCUUCAGGGAGGAGGGAAGUGUUUUCUCGCGAAUACCAAAAAGGGUCAAAAGCUUUUUUGCAGAUGGAUCCCUGGAGAGUCUUCGAGCAGCAGAGGAAGCGCGUUCUAAACGUCACUCAACAUCUGAACUAGGGAGCGUCACUCUCAGUGACAUCAGGAAAGACGGCUGGCUGCACUAUAAACAGAUACUCACUGAGAAGGGAAAGAAAGUGGGCGGCGGCAUGCGACCAUGGAAACGUGUCUUCUCAGUACUGCGCUCCCAGUCGCUCUUCCUCUACAAGGACAAACGGGAGGCGGUGCUUCACGCAGCUGGAGCAGGAGGUCACGGGCAAGCGGAGGACGAGCAGCCAAUCAGCAUUCGCGGCUGUUUGAUCGACAUCGCUUACAGCGAGACAAAGCGCAAGCACACUUUGCGGCUGACCACGCAGGACUUCUGCGAGUAUCUUUUGCAGGCGGAGGACCGUGACGACAUGCUGAGCUGGAUCAGAGUCAUCAGAGAGAACAGCAAGUCUGACAGCGAGGAACUGGGCUUCUCCAGGCAGGCUCUCAUCAAUAAGAAGCUAAAUGACUAUCGGAAACAGAGCCUGACGGGCAAUAAGCCAGACACCUCUCCCAGGAUACAUCGCAUGAUGCCACCUUUUCUCCUGUCAAAGACGGAAAACACAGGAGUGAACCGUGCCCCAGGGAAAGAUGAGACUGGCCCCCCUAAGGCUCCAUGGGGUAUUAACAUCAUGAAAAAGGGAAAGAAAACUGGUCCAAAAGCUUUCGGGGUUAGGCUGGAGGACUGCCCACCUGCUGCCAAUAAUAAGUUCGUUCCAGAGAUCGUGGAGACCUGCUGUCGUCUGGUGGAGGAGAUGGGUUUGGAUUAUACUGGCAUCUACAGGGUACCGGGAAACAAUGCAAUGGUGUCUUCCCUUCAGGACCAGCUCAAUAAGGGGAUGGAUAUAAACACAUCUGAAGAGAGAUGGCAAGACCUCAAUGUCAUCAGCAGUCUGUUGAAGUCUUUCUUCAGGAAGCUUCCAGAACCUCUUUUUACAGACGAUAAGUAUAAUGACUUCAUUGAUGCCAACCGCUUGGAGGAUGCAGGGGACCGUUUGAAAACCAUGAGGAAGCUAGCGCGUGACCUCCCUGAUUACUACUACCACACGCUGAAGUUUCUGAUUGGUCACCUGAAAACUGUUGCGGACAAUUCUGAGAAGAAUAAGAUGGAGCCCAGGAACCUCGCUCUGGUGUUUGGCCCCACGCUGGUGCGGACCUCAGAAGACAACAUGACCGACAUGGUCACUCACAUGCCAGACCGCUAUAAGAUCAUAGAGACUCUCAUUUUGCAUCAUUCAUGGUUCUUCAGUGAUGAGCAGGAUAAGGACGAGAAGACGCCAGAGGACCAGCAGGACAUCCAACCCGUUCCAAACAUUGAUCAUCUUCUGUCUAACAUUGGGAGGACGGUGGGAGAUAACUCAGAUUCCACCAACAACGACUCAGCUAAACCUAAGGGAACUUCGACUCCCAAAAAAGACAUGAGUGCCAAGGACUUCCUCCCCCUGUCCAUCAUAUCAGCCGUGACCCGGAAGAGAAAGAAACGCCGGAGCACCUGCCCUCCUGACAGCAGCACUGAUGAAGACUCUGAGCACGAGCCAAUCAAAGCCAGCAACUAUGAAGAGAUGUGUGAGGAGAGAGAGGGUCAGGCAAGAGACAACGGACACCCGACGCCAAAGGCAGAAGAAGAGACUGAAGAAGCAGGCGAGGUGGAGGGAAAGCAAGAACAUGUGGAGGAGAACCUCCGAUCCCUCCAAAAGCCUUGUGACCAAGAAGGAGCGGAACUGACGGAGGAAAAGAAGGUGGACGAUGUUUGUGAGAGAGAACAGAUGGGUCGCAUUCGGUCUCAACGGCCUCGUAGCUUCUUAUAUUCUCACCACCAAAGCCCGUCAGGGCUCGGAGCAUCCACAGAGCCAACCAACUCCUCCACCUGCUCCAACCCAACACAAGCCUCGAUCAUUGCUCACAUUCUCGCCCAGGGAAACCUUCUCACCCGGAGGAAGCUCAGAGGGGAAAGAGUACGACCUCAUUCGCUCUACGUGGAGCGGAGCAGAAUCGUAGAAGAGCAGAGCUCUGGCUCUCACAACCGCUCUCUGGGAUUCUCAAGAGUCAAAGCGUCUCUUGUGAGAGGUCAAGAGAGGCUCCGUCAAGCAGUGUCGCCCAGUCGGAGCGGCCAGCAGAGCAACCUGGCCCCAGCCGAUGGCGUGUGGGGAGCAGGGGGUCAGCGCCGGCCAGGCUCACCGGAGACACACAGGAGGAGGAGAGACUGGAGGCGCCACACAGUGUUGGUUAAUAUGCCUGGGGAGGGAUGAGCAUGAAGACACUGUGAAAUGUCAAACAUGAAAUGCAAACACAUCCCUUGAUAACCUCAGCCCUGCACAGCUUUAAUGCUUUAUUCUUUCCACCCCCCCUAAAUAAAAGGACGACUUGUAUGGCAGCUAAAGCCUAUGUCACAAACACAUGGCAGAGCACCAUUCUCAUUCUUACUCUUGGGUCAACUGCAUUAUAGAGAUAGUUUACCCUGAAAAUAAAAAUUAUGUCAUCAUUUAUUCAUCCUCAUGUCUUUCAAAACCUGCAUGUGACUCUUCUGUGGAACACAAAGUAAGAUAUUUUGAGAAAUGUCUGAGUGGUUUUGUGUCUAUACAAUGGAAGUCAAUGGGGGCGGUGUUUUUGGUUACCAACAUCCUUAAAAAUAUCUUUUUUGUUCUGCUGAAUAAAGAAAGUCAUGUAGGUUUGGAAUGACAUGAGGGUGAGUAAAUGUUGAGAGAAUUUAAAUUUGGGGUGUAAAUAAAUAGCAAUAAAGGCUGUGUUAGUGGCUAAAAGACAGUCGUGCUAGAGUACCAGAUCACUGUGGUCUUUCUCUCCUCCCUGUUUAGUAGGUUUCUCCGUGGCUUUGAUAAACCUGUACAGAUUUAAUUUUGUGUUUGUCAACAUCAUAUAUCAUUCUUGUGAUGUAAGGCUUAUUCCAUGUAAACUUAUGUCAUGUUUUACUCCCCUGUGCAUGUACAGUAUAUGGGUGAUGGUGUGGACCAACUUUUGUAACAAAUGUACAAAGCCUUGCUAAGUUAACCUCUGUGUACAAAUGAUAAAUAUGGUAUAAUAUAUAAGAUUUUUUUUUUUAAUUGUUUCUUUUUUAUUGCUGUUACAUAAAGAAUAUCUUGUUUAUGUGGUGUGUGUGUAUAGAGACCUACACCAUAUUGAAAAGAUUUGGUGUCAUUUGUAUAUUUAAGAGAUUAUCUGGUGUUAAUGCAUAUGGGAAAUGUUAACCUAAAAAUGAAAUUCUCUCAUAAUUCUACUGGCCCACAUGCCAUCCCAGAUGUGACUAAUGUUAGUUGUCAUUUGCGUGUUUCGUCACAAAACGCGAAUAUCAAGAUUUGAAAUUCUGUAAUCAUUUACUCACCCUCUUGUCAUUUCAAACCUGUAUGAUUUUCUUUCAUCCGCAGAACACAAAAGAAGAUACUUUGAAGAAUGUUGUUAACAGCUGUGCUGUUCUUUUACCAACAUUUUUCUAAAUGUCUUCUUUUGUGUUCUGCAGAAGUCAUGCGUGUUUGAAAUGACAAGAGGUGUGCAAAUGACAGACUUUUCAUUUUGAAGGUGAACUCCUGUAAGCCCCACAGAAGAUAUUAUCCACCCACCAGUUACCAUUUUAUAUAAUACAUUAUUAGAUAAAAUAUGAAAAUGUAAGGUGCAGACCACUACUACUAUAUUUUGUUUUCACACACCUUUGGUUCACGUACAAGAGGAGCACAGGUAGGUUCUGCAAAUGCAUAUAAAGUUGAUUUAUGAGGGAUCGUCUUCUACAUUACUUCGUCGGGGCAUAUAACUGUAAAAACCCACAUCAUCUCCUGUGUUAAAUUCAUCGUAUUCCAAUUGCUAGCUGUCGUUUUAAAUUCAUUGGUAUUUACAGGAAACGAUGGGAACCCCAUCUUUCCUCCAGUACCCCUU